AUGUCAUCACCUCAGCAAAGACUCUCCUCUAUUGCAAACCAGCUCUCGAGCUCAAGCGCUUCAGCCGCAAGGGAGAAGCUGUUGGCCAAGAACCCCGACGAUGUGGUAAUCACGCUCGCUGUCCGAACGCCGCUCACUAAGGCGAGAAAGGGUGGUCUCAAGGACACUCGUCUUGAUGACCUGCUUAUCUCGUUACUGACAAGUGUGCGCGAAAAGUCAAAGUUGGAUCCGAACCUCGUCGAAGAUGUCUGCGUCGGCAACACUCUCUGUCCUGGCCAAGCAUAUGUUGCCCGCUCCGCCGUGCUCGCAGCAGGAUUCCCUGCGACCACCGCUGCAUCCGUUACCAACCGUUUCUGCUCUUCUGGGUUGCUGGCGAUCCAGAACAUUGCGAACCAGAUUAUCGCCGGUUCGAUCGAUGUUGGAAUUGCGGUUGGUGCCGAGAGUAUGAGCACCAACGCCGACGGUGGUGCACCGGAUCUGUCCGAGUCAAUCCUGUCCCACCCUAUCGCCUCGCAGAAUACGCAACCCAUGGGCCAGACCUCUGAGAAUGUUGCCGGCCAGUUUGACAUCUCUCGUGAGCAGCACGACCGGUUUGCUGCCAAGAGCUACCAGAAGGCGGAGGCCGCUCAGAAGGCUGGCUGGUUUGAAGAUGAGAUUGUCCCCGUCAAGACACAAAUUAAAGACCCCAAGACCGGUGAAAUCAAAUCCAUCGUCGUUGAUAAGGACGACGGUAUCCGCUACGGCACAACUGCCGAAUCGCUGGGAAAGAUUCGCUCCGCGUUCCCUCAAUGGAAACCUAGCAGCACUACUGGUGGCAAUGCUAGUCAAAUCACCGACGGCGCCGCGGCACUCGUACUCAUGAAGCGAUCCCGUGCACAGGAGCUCGGCCAGCCGAUCUUUGGCAAGUUUGCUGGUGCGACAGUUGUUGGCCUGGAGCCGAGGAUUAUGGGUAUUGGCCCGUCCUAUGCUAUUCCCAAGAUCCUCUCCAAGUUCGGGUUGACCAACAACGAAGUCGACAUUUUCGAGAUCAACGAGGCAUUCGCAUCAAUGGGUGUAUACUGUGUUCAAAAACUUGGUCUGGAUGAGGCCAAAGUCAACCCUCGUGGUGGUGCCAUUGCCUUCGGUCAUCCCCUCGGUGCUACGGGUGCCAGGCAGGUCGUUACUGCUUUAUCCGAGCUGCGACGAACGAACAAGCGGGUGGCUGUUACCUCCAUGUGUGUUGGAACGGGCAUGGGCAUGGCGGGUAUCUUCGUUUCUGAGCAUUAA